CCCUCCCGGAACCGGAAGUGCCGCGCUGCCCGCCGGGUAACCGCUUCCGCCGCCGCCGCCGCCGCUGCUGUUGUCGUCUCUCCCCGCCGCCGCGAUGAACAAGAAGAAGAAGCCGUUCCUGGGCAUGCCCGCGCCCCUCGGCUACGUGCCGGGGCUGGGCCGCGGGGCCACCGGCUUCACCACCCGCUCCGACAUUGGCCCCGCUCGCGACGCCAACGACCCCGUGGAUGACCGCCAUGCGCCCCCGGGGAAAAGGACGGUCGGGGACCAGAUGAAGAAGAACCAGACGGCUGAUGAUGACGACGAGGACUUGAACGACACCAAUUACGAUGAGUUCAACGGCUAUGCUGGGAGCCUGUUCUCAAGCGGUCCCUAUGAGAAGGACGACGAGGAAGCAGAUGCUAUUUAUGCAGCUUUGGAUAAAAGGAUGGAUGAACGGAGGAAGGAGAGAAGGGAACAACGGGAGAAAGAGGAAAUCGAAAAAUACCGUAUGGAACGACCCAAAAUUCAGCAGCAGUUCUCCGACUUGAAACGGAAGCUAGCGGAGGUCACAGAAGAAGAGUGGCUGAGCAUUCCAGAGGUUGGCGAUGCCAGGAACAAGCGUCAGAGGAAUCCUCGUUAUGAGAAGCUGACUCCCGUACCCGACAGCUUCUUCGCAAAACAUUUACAGUCGGGGGAGAAUCACACCACUGUUGACCCACGCCAGACGCAAUUUGGUGGAUUGAAUACCCCCUAUCCAGGGGGCUUGAAUACUCCGUACCCAGGAGGGAUGACACCAGGCUUAAUGACACCUGGGACAGGUGAAUUGGAUAUGAGGAAGAUCGGCCAAGCCAGGAACACCCUGAUGGAUAUGAGGCUAAGCCAGGUGUCAGACUCCGUGAGUGGCCAGACUGUGGUGGAUCCCAAAGGAUAUCUGACAGACCUGAAUUCCAUGAUUCCCACACACGGAGGAGAUAUCAACGAUAUUAAAAAGGCUCGUUUGCUCCUGAAAUCUGUACGAGAGACCAACCCUCAUCAUCCACCAGCUUGGAUAGCGUCAGCCCGACUGGAGGAAGUCACUGGCAAACUGCAGGUGGCUCGGAACCUUAUCAUGAAAGGAACAGAGAUGUGCCCCAAGAGUGAAGAUGUUUGGUUAGAAGCUGCUCGGCUUCAGCCUGGGGAUACAGCCAAGGCCGUUGUGGCCCAAGCUGUCCGCCACCUCCCGCAGUCCGUCCGGAUCUAUAUAAGAGCAGCAGAGCUGGAGACAGAUAUCCGGGCAAAGAAGCGCGUUCUUAGGAAAGCCCUUGAGCAUGUUCCAAAUUCAGUGCGUUUGUGGAAGGCAGCUGUGGAGUUAGAAGAACCUGAGGAUGCCAGGAUCAUGCUGAGUCGAGCUGUGGAAUGCUGCCCAACUAGUGUUGAACUGUGGCUUGCGCUGGCGAGACUGGAGACAUAUGAGAAUGCUCGUAAAGUCCUUAACAAAGCCCGUGAGAAUAUUCCAACAGAUCGUCACAUUUGGAUUACUGCUGCCAAAUUGGAAGAAGCCAAUGGAAACACCCAGAUGGUGGAGAAAAUCAUCGACAGAGCCAUCACAUCUCUUAGGGCUAACGGGGUGGAAAUCAACAGAGAGCAAUGGAUACAGGAUGCGGAGGAAUGUGAUAAAGCCGGAAGCGUGGCCACGUGCCAGGCAAUCAUGCGAGCUGUGAUUGGGAUUGGGAUUGAGGAAGAAGAUCGGAAACAUACCUGGAUGGAAGAUGCAGACAGCUGUGUUGCUCAUAACGCUCUGGAGUGUGCCCGAGCAAUUUACGCGUAUGCCUUGCAAGUUUUCCCAAGCAAGAAGAGCGUGUGGCUGAGAGCGGCGUACUUCGAAAAGAACCAUGGAACAAGAGAAUCCUUGGAGGCUCUUUUGCAGAGAGCCGUUGCUCACUGUCCCAAAGCAGAAGUGCUCUGGCUCAUGGGAGCCAAGUCGAAGUGGCUGGCGGGAGACGUGCCAGCAGCCAGAAGCAUUCUGGCCCUGGCUUUCCAGGCCAACCCCAACAGCGAGGAGAUCUGGCUGGCUGCCGUGAAGCUCGAGUCAGAAAACAAUGAAUAUGAAAGAGCGAGGAGGCUGCUGGCAAAAGCUCGCAGCAGUGCCCCCACUGCAAGGGUCUUCAUGAAGUCUGUGAAGUUAGAAUGGGUGCUCGGAAACAUUGCUGCAGCCCAGGAGCUCUGUGAGGAAGCCCUGAAACACUACGAGGACUUCCCCAAACUGUGGAUGAUGAAAGGACAAAUUGAAGAACAAAAGGAGCUGGUAGAGAAAGCACGGGAGGCUUAUAAUCAAGGGUUGAAAAAGUGUCCCCAUUCCAUACCCCUGUGGCUUUUGCUGUCCAGGCUGGAGGAGAAGGUGGGGCAGUUGACCAGAGCAAGAGCCAUCUUGGAAAAGUCUCGCCUGAAGAAUCCAAAGAAUCCAGAUCUCUGGUUAGAGUCCGUGCGACUGGAGUACAGAGCUGGGCUAAAGAACAUCGCAAAUACUCUGAUGGCCAAGGCGUUGCAAGAGUGCCCCAAUUCAGGAAUCCUGUGGUCAGAGGCAAUUUUCCUUGAAGCGCGACCGCAACGGAAGACCAAGAGUGUGGAUGCUCUGAAGAAGUGUGAACACGACCCGCACGUCCUGUUGGCUGUGGCCAAGUUGUUCUGGAGCGAGCGUAAAAUAACCAAGGCCCGAGAGUGGUUCCACCGAACUGUGAAGAUAGAUUCUGACCUGGGAGACGCCUGGGCUUUCUUUUACAAAUUUGAGCUUCAGCAUGGCACGGAGGAACAACAAGAAGAGGUAAGGAAGCGCUGCGAGAACGCUGAACCCCGCCACGGAGAGCUCUGGUGUGACGUCUCCAAGGACAUAGCAAACUGGCAGAAGAAGAUCGGAGAGAUUCUUGUGCUUGUGGCAGCCAAGCUUAAAAACACGUUCUAGGGCGCGCUGCCUUCAGCUGGAUCAGUCAUCUCUGUCGGGCCUGUCUGCCUGCCUGCUUUCAGAUCGUUUGCCCGCAGAGUGGCAGAUUUCAGAGGACGGGAGAUGGGUGGCAAUAUGACAGAUCUUUCUUCCAAAAAGCAAAGCUGGGUCCUCCUCCUUUUCCUGGUGAUAGUGCUCUAGGCUCACACAAUGCCGUAAUCAGCUUCUGCAGCACAAGUGCAUCUCAUUCCCCUCUGAAUGUUGCUGCUGGUGUAAUUGCAGGGGAGCCGAGCGGUUCUCUCAGGCUGUGUUGGCAUUUUCAUUUUGAUGCCUGAAUCCCCUCUGUAAAUACGAGCCUUAAUCAGCGCUCGCGUGGUUUCUGAUGUUAGCAGUUGCUCUGGAUUCCUCUGCGGCACGAACGCCCCUCCUGCCCUUGUCCUUUGUGCGGUUCCUUCAGUGUUUGGCCCACCUGAUGCAAUUUCUCUGCCAGCAUCUGUUGUGUUGCUGUUUGAAUGUCCUCAGAGAUGGGGCAGGGCUCUGCUGGGGGGGGGGGAGCUGGGCAGCUGAGGGGAAUGGCUGGGGUGAGCCUUUUUUUAAAAAAAAUCCCUUUUUUGGCCAAAGGUCUGGUCUGACUUGAUCUCCUCCAGGCAAGCUGCAACACAACUCGAGUAUUCCUCAAACCUGAGCAGAUGGAGCAUUUUGUGAGAUUCCAGAGCAUAUUUUUAGAGACUUUCCUUAAUUUUUUUAAGUGUACAUAGUAUGACCUUAUUCUCGUAGGUGCCCGAUCGCAUGAAGCACAGCGGUAUUUUAAAGUAAUAAGGCGAAAGCCGGCAACCCCUGCAGGCCCUUUUAGAGGAAAAACCUUUUGUUAGAGCCGUGGAGGGACCGUGCACCUGUACAGUGCCAUCAGUGGGUGUUUGGGAAGGCUGUCCUCAGGUGCAGAUGGCGAAGAGCAGACUGAUCAGAGCGAGAUCUUGGCGUUUGGGACCCUUUGAAAGUUGUCUUCAAUUCUCUGUACUUGCAACCUGUGUUACUUUGACCUGACGAACCUGCCUGACUUGUGAUCGUUCGUUGAACUAGAAGGUGUAAUGCCGUGCGUAUUGGGAUUUAGAAGUAUCCAGGUCUGUGUGUGUGCAGUAUGUAAUGAGCUAGAGGAAAAAACCACCUUAUUUGUCUGGAAAAUCUGUAUAAAACAUGGCUUGUGCUUUGUUUCCUUA